UGGCGCUAGUGGCGGGAAAGUUGAGUGUCUGGUUAGCCCAGCCUCCGGGGCGAUGUGUAGUGACUUACGCAGGGCCGAGUCUGGGACGGAGCUCCUUGGCCGACUUGAAGGUAGAAGUUCCUUGAAAGAAAUAGAACCAUAUCUGUUUGCUGAUGAAGAUUCAUCUGUACAUGGUGAUAUUCUUGAAUUUCAUGGUCCAGAGGGAACAGGAAAAACAGAAAUGCUUUAUCAUUUAACAGCACGAUGUAUACUCCCAAAAUCGGAAGGGGGACUGGAAGUAGAAGUCUUAUUUAUUGACACAGAUUAUCACUUUGAUAUGCUUCGGCUGGUUACAAUUCUCGAACAUAGACUAUCCCAGAGUUCUGAAGAAAUGGUAAAAUGCUGCCUCGGAAGGUUGCUUUUGGUAAACUGCAGUAGUAACACCCAGCUGCUCCUCACGCUGUACUCACUAGAAAGCAUGGUUUGUAGCCGCCCUUCCCUCUGCCUUCUGAUCUUGGAUAGCCUGUCUGCUUUUUACUGGAUAGACCGCGUCAAUGGAGGAGAAAGUGUUAACCUACAAGAGUAUACCCUGAAGAAAUGUGCUCAGUUCUUAGAGAAGCUCGUAAAUGAGUAUCGCUUGGUUCUUUUUGCAACAACACAAAGUAUAAUGCAGAAAACCUCAAACUGGACAGAAGGGCCUUCUUCUGCCUUGAACCAUCCGAGUGAGGCAGAUGCGGACUAUAGACCCUAUCUCUGUAAGGCAUGGCAACAAGUAGUAAGGCAUAGAAUAUUUUUCUCCAAACAAGAGGAUUUUAAAACCAGCAACCAGUUUUCUUUGGUUUCACGUCAUUUAAAAAGUAACAGUUUACAAAAGCAUAUUUUUAUUAUUGGAGAAAGUGGCAUUGAGUUUUGUUGA